AUGGAUUAUUCACGAAACAAUCCCAUUUACGAUCAAAAACCUCUUUACAUGACAAGAGAUGAAGAGCAUGUGACCAUGGUUUCUGCUCUGCGACAAGUGAUAUCCAACGUAGGAAGUGACGUGGCUUCUUCAUCAUCGAACUGGAACGCAUGCGAAGCUCUUCAAACUUUGGACGCUGGCCCUUGUCCUCUUUGUUGUAUCACCGGUUGCUACGGUUGCGUAUUCCCACGAGACCGAGAGGUAAAGAAAGAGAAGAAGCACAAAGGAGUGAGGAAAAGGCCAUCAGGUAAGUGGUCGGCGGAGAUAUGGGAUCCGAGUGCAAAAGGUAGAAGAUGGCUUGGAACGUUUCCGACGGCAGAAAUGGCGGCACAGACUUACGAUGAUGCGGCGGCUGUGCUUGUCGAAAGAAUUGGCACGAAGAAGGAGAUAGCACAAGAAACCGAAAGGAAGCAUACACCAAAACAACAGUGA